AUGACCCAGCGCGGGAAAGGCAGAGCCGGAGCUAUUCACCAACACAAAAGUACUCAGAGGGGUGCUAAUUGCGAGGGGAGCUGGGGCUGUGGGAGCAGUCACACCCGCAGGGCUCUACCAGGCGUCCCCUCACUCACCUCUGCAGCUGCUGGCCCCGUCACCCAGCCACCCACACACCCACCCAAGACAGGCCACAUUUCCCCCCCAACCACAACAAACAACCCUCUUUCACACGCACAGACAAAUGCUCGUACACACACUCCCACACAAAUAUUUUUUCAGAUUAUUGUCAUAGGAUGCUUGUCACCUUAUGAUCUGAACAGCCAACUUCUAUCCAAUAUGCCCUAUAAUGCUGGCACUAGAAAAUGGCUGAUCUACUAGGCCUAUAUCUUGUGGUUUUAAGACGUACGCAAGAAACAAUCCAGGCUGCCUUUUAGAGGCAUGUUACAUUUCGCCCUGUGAGAAGGUUUUGUGCCUCAAAAUCUGAUUAUUUCUUCAGCGGCUGGCUGCUCCUGUACAGUGUUAGUAUUGCCCUCAUGGCCUUCACUAGACUCUCAUUACUGAAUCAGGUUAUAAAGUUGAGGCGCAAUGUUUCAACAGGUAGAAAGUGUGAGAAGAGAAUGCAAUCACACUUAUAACAGCAUUACACAUAAACAAUGAAGUUAAUACAGUGGGGGAAAAAAGUAUUUAGUCAGCCACCAAUUGUGCAAGUUCUCCCACUUAAAAAGAUGAGAGAGGCCUGUAAUUUUCAUCAUAGGUACACGUCAACUAUGACAGACAAAUUGAGGAAAAAAAUCCAGAAAAUCACAUUGUAGGAUUGUUAAUGAAUUUAUUUGCAAAUUAUGGUGGAAAAUACGUAUUUGGUCAAUAACAAACAAGCAGGAUUUCUGGCUUUCACAGACCUGUAACUUCUUCUUUAAGAGGCUCCUCUGUCCUUCACUCGUUACCUGUAUUAAUGGCACCUGUUUGAACUUGUUAUCAGUAUAAAAGACACCUGUCCACAACCUCAAACAGUCACACUCCAAACUCCACUAUGGCCAAGACCAAAGAGCUGUCAAAGGACACCAGAAACAAAAUUGUAGACCUGCACCAGGCUGGGAAGACUGAAUCUGCAAUAGGUAAGCAGCUUGGUCUGAAUAAAUCAACUGUGGGAGCAAUUAUUAGGAAAUGGAAGACAUACAAGACCACUGAUAAUCUCCCUCGAUCUGGGGCUCCACGCAAGAUCUCACCCCGUGGGGUCAAAAUGAUCACAAGAACGGUGAGCAAAAAUCCCAGAACCACACGGGGGGACCAAGUGAAUGACCUGCAGAGAGCUGGGACCAAAGUAACAAAGCCUACCAUCAGUAACACACUACGCCGCCAGGGACUCAAAUCCUGCAGUGCCAGACGUGUCCCCCUGCUUAAGCCAGUACAUGUCCAGGCCCGUCUGAAGUUUGCUAGAGUGCAUUUGGAUGAUCCAGAAGAGGAUUGGGAGAAUGUCAUAUGGUCAGAUGAAACCAAAAUAUAACUUUUUGGUAAAAACUCAACUCGUCGUGUUUGGAGGACAAAGAAUGCUGAGUUGCAUCCAAAGAACACCAUACCUACUGUGAAGCAUGGGGGUGGAAACAUCAUGCUUUGGGGCUGUUUUUCUGCAAAGGGACCAGGACGACUGAUCCGUGUAAAGGAAAGAAUGAAUGGGGCCAUGUAUCGUGAGAUUUUGAGUGAAAACCUCCUUCCAUCAGCAAGGACAUUGAAGAUGAAACGUGGCUGGGUCUUUCAGCAUGACAAUGAUCCCAAACACACCGCCCGGGCAACGAAGGAGUGGCUUCGUAAGAAGCAUUUCAAGGUCCUGGAGUGGCCUAGCCAGUCUCCAGAUCUCAACCCCAUAGAAAAUCUUUGGAGGGAGUUGAAAGUCUGUGUUGCCCAGCGACAGCCCCAAAACAUCACUGCUCUAGAGGAGAUCUGCAUGGAGGAAUGGGCCAAAAUACCAGCAACAGUGUGUGAAAACCUUGUGAAGACUUACAGAAACCGUUUGACCUGUGUCAUUGCCAACAAAGGGUAUAUAACAAAGUAUUGAGAAACUUUUGUUAUUGACCAAAUACUUAUUUUCCACCAUCAUUUGCAAAUACAUUCAUUAAAAAUCCUACUAUGUGAUUUUCUGGAAUUUUCUUUCUCAUUUUGUCUGUCAUAGUUGACGUGUACCUAUGAUGAAAAUUACAGGCCUCUCUCAUCUUUUUAAGUGGGAGAACUUGCACAAUUGGUGGCUGACUAAAUACUUUUUUUCCCCACUCAUCAUCACACUUAUAACAGCAUUACACAUAAACAAUGAAGUGAAUAUAUUCUUCAAAAGAAUGAAGAAUGAACUUGGAACAAUGACGUCUGUCCUCUCUUGUCCCACACCCCUGUCCUUCUCUCCCCCCCGUGCCUUUUACUCCCUCUGUUCCUCCAGUCGUUCACCCCGUCCUUCUCUCCUCCCCGUGCCUUUUACUCCCUCUGUUCCUCCAGUCGUUCACCCUGUCCUUCUCUCCUCCCCGUGCCUUUUACUCCCUCUGUUCCUCCAGUCGUUCACCCCGUCCUUCUCUCCUCCCCGUGCCUUUUACUCCCUCUGUUCCUCCAGUCGUUCACCCCGUCCUUCUCUCCUCCCCGUGCCUUUUACUCCCUCUGUUCCUCCAGUCGUUCACCCUGUCCUUCUCUCCUCCCCGUGCCUUUUACUCCCUCUGUUCCUCCAGUCGUUCACCCCGUCCUUCUCUCCUCCCCGUGCCUUUUACUCCCUCUGUUCCUCCAGUCGUUCACCCUGUCCUUCUCUCCUCCCCGUGCCUUUUACUCCCUCUGUUCCUCCAGUCGUUCACCCCGUCCUUCUCUCCUCCCCGUGCCUUUUACUCCCUCUGUUCCUCCAGUCGUUCACCCUGUCCUUCUCUCCUCCCCGUGCCUUUUACUCCCUCUGUUCCUCCAGUCGUUCACCCCGUCCUUCUCUCCUCCCCGUGCUUUUUACUCCCUCUGUUUCUUCAGUCGUUUACACAUCCCUCUCUCCUCUCCUCCACCUCUCUCGUCUGUUUCUCCUCCCCUCUUCCUGUCCCCCUCUCCUCCUUUCCUUCAGUCCUUUACCCCUGUCAUCCCCUCCUCCAUUGUGGCAGUAGGCUCCUCAGUGUUUGGCUCUCACUUCUUAACAUGGCUGGCUGUGUCAUUGUCACCUCAGCAGCUCCCCACCUGGUUUAAUUGCCUUUUGAGUUAAUUACUCCACAAAGUGUGGAACAAUGUUGUCAGAGUUGUCCUCGGUAUGGCGAUGCUAUCUCAGACAGUACCCACUCGCCAAAUGGAGGACCUUUUUUAAGUGGCGUAGGUCUAGGUGGGUACCAAAUACUAUUAUUGAGUGGCUGCUGGACCAAAGCCAUUGUAGACUCUGGAUAAUAGAGACGGCUUGUUUUAUAGACCUGGUGUUCCUCUUAUGUGGAUUUGAUCGUGUCUCAGUAUUGAGUGAACUAACUCUGCCAGCAAGGCUGUUUAGAUGAAGUGGUGUCCAUGUAAAGCCUGUCUCACAUAUUUAGUUGUGUCCAUCAGUCCUGUGUGCUGUUGUGACUAUUUGUAGCUGUGUUAGCAGUGUGGCCUUUCAGCCCACUGACAGUGAGUGAGUAAGGCUGAUCUUUGGAGGUCCUGCUCCCCUGCUUCUCCAUGCCAGUGGCAUCAGGUCCAUAGAUCAUGGCUGUCAUAGCGUGUGUAGGUGCUUGCACCGCUCUGUUAGCCUCAUCAGUCAUUUUCACUCGUCAGCCGCUCAUCUCGCCCAGACCCCCUCUCCCUCCCUCUCUCCCCUCACACUCUCUCUCUCUCACGCACACAUUUGUUUAAUUAUGCAGAAAUCAAAGGAGAAAUAUGAAUAUUCAUAAGGAAACCACAUUAAUAUGCACAAUUAUGCAAAUUAGUAUGCAAUUAAGCCCUGUGUCUCCAGAGAGGCUUGGUAGCAUUAACGGAUACGACUAUGGGAGAAGGGGGUAUUUGGAAUUUCUGCUCCGCCAAUCUUUAGAAUGCUUGUUUUUCCUAUGCCACAGACGCCACUUGUGAAAUAAUUAAACAUAUUCAUAUACGUUUUGUGUACUGAAUAUGUAUGUUAUUGGUUGUUUUAUGGCUUAGCGUAUAAUGGCAUCUGCAAAACUGCUGUGGAAUGAAUUGCAAUGAGAAGCUGGACAAUGACAUAUUCUGUUAUGGUUUGGUUUCUCAGCCAAUCAGUGAAAUGACCCCUCUAUUUUUCACAUGGACAUGUAGGGAUAGUUCACCCAAAUGUUCAAAUACAUAUUGGUUUCCUUACCCUACCUUAAAUAGUCUCUGCAUAGAUAUUUGGGAUAGAGUUUUCCACAAACACUGUAAACAGUCUAUGGACAAGGUAUGACAGCAAUCCAUGCUUUGGUUUAGUUUCCCUGGCACUGUUUCCACAUGCUAACAUUUUAGCAUUCGUGGCACAAAUCCCAUUCAAGUCAUGGGACCAAUAUUAGCAUUUUUCGUGCAUCAUGUUCAAAACCUCGAAGUGACUUUGAACUUCACAAUCAUUUUUGAAUACUUUCGGAUGAUUUGGACCUGAUGCGCAAAGAAUGCUAAUAUCGGUCCCCUGACCUGAAAUGGGAUUUGUGCCACAAAUGCUAAAACGUUAGCAUGUGGAAACAGUGCCAGGGAAACUAAACCAAAGCAUGGAUUGCUGUCAUACCUUGUCUAUAGACUGUUUACAGGGUAAAGAAACCAAUGUAAUUUUGUAAUUUGGGUGAACUAUCCCUUUACAUUUUUACAUUUUAGCAGACGCUCUUAUCCAGAGCGACUUACAGUUAGUGAGUGCAUACAUUUUCAUACUGGCCCCCCGUGGGAAUCGAACCCACAACCCUGGCAUUGCAAGGGCCAUGCUCUACCAACUGAGCUACACAGGGCCUUUAAUGCAACAAUGACAGAUUCUCUUAAAGAUGACCUGUUGUCCCAGUGGCUUUGCCAUUAAACCAAUUAAGACCUGUGAAUGACAUACAUUGGCUCAGGGGCCUUGCAGUGCUGACAAGAUCACCUGAGUGAUGGGAUGCUAGCAUUAGGCUAGCUUGUAUUAUGGCUACAUGCCUACAGAUAGGUUUGAGCUAAAGGACCCUACCCCUAACUUCACUGUUGGUCGAUGGUAUUGCCCUGCGGCCACUCGAUCCCACCGCUGACACCAAAUGAACACUUGCGCUAGGACUAGGAAGGAGGAAAAUGCCCACAGUCAUUGUAUCUUGCUGGUCUUAGUAUAAUUAGUCCGGAUCUAGUAGUUUAUGAUGGAAGUAGUCUUUUCCGUGGUCCACCCAACCUAAUGUGUGUUUUUAUAGCUGUCUGUCUAUAGCAGUCAGUGAGUAACCUCGCCAUUUCUCUCUUCCAGCUCUGGACGAGCGCAGUGGCUCUGGAUCCUGGGGCCCUGGAGAACAGAACAGCCCCUCCUUCAACCAUGGACGGGUAAGCAUUACCAGGGACUCCUCACAAGCUCUCAACCUCUGUCUCUCUCACUCACAAACAAACAAACAAACACACACACACACACACACACACACUCUCGACAACAGCUCAGUGCGUUGGCAAACUUUUGAUUCAGACUGGUAGUUUUUACUUUGUACCUAAUGGCUUGGCUCAGAGUCAGGCGUUGGCAGGCUCUGCACUAGGCUUUACGUCAGUGGAAGCCCAACGGUAAUUGCGGCUUCACAGCCACGGUAACUGUCUUGGCUCAUUUCGGUGUAAAUAUAAGGAACGGGGGUACAGGGGGUGAAGAUUGGUUGCAGCAAACUGUGAUUAUUGAUUAACCACAACUUGAUGAUUAAGAAAUUGCUAGAGACUGGAUUCUGCACAUUUCCUGAGCUCACAUGAUAGUUUACAGACUGGGAUGAACCAGUGCACUGGCCAUGGCAUGGAAGGACUUCAGUGAACUCUGCCGACUUGGACUCUAGUCCUCAUCAUGUAUUCUUCCUCUGUGUGUUUUCCCACAGGGCUACGGAGAUGGCUCUCACUACAAUGAGCAUGAGGGCCUGUCAUCCCCCUUCCUCAGCUCAGGAAUCGGAGGUAGGCUACGCUCAGUCUGCUGGCUUGUCACUUUGUGUCUAUCACUGUUGUAAUGCAGUGGUUCCCAACCUUUUUCACUUACUGUACCACCAACUGAAUUUUGUUCUGCCCUGAUACCCCUGAAGUACCCCCCUCGUGCAUUUUACCAGGCCUAUGGUCUCAUGAGUCUUUUCAAGUACCCCCUGUGGAUAGGCCAAGUACCCCCAGGGGUCCUAGUACCCCUGGUUGGUAACCACUGUUGUAAUGGGGAUAGGUUGUAAAUAAGUAGCAGAGGUUACUGUUGGUGUGCACGUAUUUUGUUAUGACCAUAAAAUUGUUAUCUGAGUGACAAAGUGCCAGGAACUGUGUGUGGUGUGUGUGUGUGUGUGUGUGUGUGUGUGUGUGUGUGUGUGUGUGUGUGUGUAAUGUGUAUUUAGUGGGUGCUGGGGAUGUUAAGAGCACUGAAGCAGAAACGCUCCCUUGGGGUUUGUCUGGCUAGCAGCUUCACUGCAGCCGAGUGCUCUGAAAGGGGGAGGCCACUUUUAUCACGACUUUUGUAUUUUAAACGGCUACUAGUAAUUUGGACCUUUUUGUCAUUUUGAAAAAAUACUCCAAAUUCCCAACGUGUAACUUCCAUUCCAUAAGGAACCCGCUAAUUGUCAAUUUCGUCUUGCAGGUAAAAAUGAGAGGGUACCAUACUCUUCGUUUGGAGGCCAGGUAAGAGUGCCGCUGACCCCUUUGCAUAGACCCUGUUAUGGUAAUAGUUUAGGUUGCCCACGUCACCAAUUCUAACUUGAUUUGAGCUAAAUUCAUAGUCCGGUUUCAGUAUAAAGAAGACCCUGUUUUCUCACUUCUCCUUUCAUCUGAAACACAUUGAAUUAGAGCGUUGUGGAUUUCCCAGAACUGUGCAUUCAUGUGUGUUUUUGUAUGCAUUCCUGCAUGUGUUGUUUGUUAACCCCUUGCUCUUUGUGUUGUUCUGCCAGCCUGGCUUCCUACCCAGUGACAUCGCCAUGCCCAGUCCAGAUGCCAUGUCCCCCUCUGGGCUAAAGUCUGCCUCUCAGUUCUACCCCGGAUCGUACCCCAACAAUCCCAGGAGGAGGCCUCCCGAUGGCCAGCUAGGUAAGAGAGAUGGAUUCGGAAAAAGCUUUAGUUCUUUGUAGAAAUGUUUUUCAGUCUCUUGCCUUUUAUGUCAGAUUAUAGAACAAGAAGUUGUCUCAGCCAAAUAUGUGUAGCUUUAACCUUUUUAACUGGGUGAAAACGCUAACGAUACACAAUACUACCGUCAAUAUGGUCAAAUAAUAUUUUAUUUUCAAACUAGACACUAAGGGCUCUAUUUUAACAAACCUAACACAAUGGUAGAUCUUAGCGGUAGCGCUAUAGGUCUGGGGGGUGUCAGAAAUAUUUGCUAUUUUCACAGCAGGAAUUAUGAGCGCAAUAACUGAUGGUGCCGCGAAAGGAAUGGGUUUUGAUGAAUAAAUUAAUUGUAGGUGUGACAAGGGCUUGGCCACUCACUGGCCAAUCAACGCUUUUCAUGGCUUAAUACUGCAUGCUGUUGUCUCAAGUUCUGUAGGUUAUUGAUGGUCUUUGCGUUGUCAUCAACUCCAAUUCGGCUGGAGGCACGGAAUAUUCUCAUCUUAGUCCAUUGUGGAUUGAUACUACAGUUGAUUAAAUAGCAUAGGCUACAGAAACUAGUAAUAACAACAGUUAAAAAAAUUAAAAUACAUUCAGUGUUUGCUCAAUGUGUUUGGAGUGUUGACAGAAUAUUGUUGUAAUUGGCUUCAACGAGUAUAGGCCUUUAUGCAUCGCUCUUCAUUCUUUAAAAAUAUAUAUACUAGGCUCCCGUAAAUUAUAUUGUAUGUGUGAGGCACGUUCUCAAUAAGCAAGAUAUAGCCUAGGCCUACCGUUGAUAUUGCGUUAUAGGACUGAAUAAUUUGAAUAUGUUUGGAAAUGUGCGUCUUUGGUAACUGGACAGGAGGCGCUCUUUGGAAAUGGGGAUGGAUACAACCCGAAUGGAGUAUGCACUGCAGGUAGGCCUAUGUGAAUAAUACAAAAGCAAAAGCCUCAGGAGUAGACCAUUUUAGUAACCUUUUAUGGAUAGGCUACUUGGCUAAUGCAUGGCCAGGAGAAGACACCAACUCAUUGCUGUUGAACCUGCUUUAGUUACAGUAGGGUAAGGGUUUCCUACUGAGGACUUGUUUUGUUUUCAAAUGGAAUGGAAAACAAGCAAUUGUUACAGGAAAAUAACUUGAAUGUUUCUAAAUACGAGGGUCACCGGCGUCAUCUCCUCUCUCGUUCCAUGAUGGGCAUAUGGACAUGUAGCCUACAUGGAGUUUGUUUUACGCACAUCCAAAAUAAUAACAGGAGCUGUCUAAAAUAACAUACAAUACAUAGAUAAAAGGGGAUUUCCUCACUGUUUUGCUGCUCCCAAACAUGAUCUUUUAAUAAAGCUUUGGUGAUUAAGAUUUAUUUCAAAGUGGUGUAACGAGCCAAACCCUUUAUCGAUAGUCAUGACUAUUGGCGAAUGCGUUGGGAAGGACAAAAAAACCUGCCUUAAUCAAAUGAAACAAAGUGGGAAAAUACAGUAGUUUUUUAUGUUUCUAAAUACGAGGUUUACGGGAACAAAAAGCAUAUUUUUGUUGUACCAUGUGCAUAUGGGCACAGUGUGGCACGGCUGGACAGGCUGCUUCCGCUGUCAAAAUCCAUGCCAUAACAACCGCGUUACUGCUAAGGCCAGGUCUUGGUUGGUCUUAAAUAUCCCCACCCACCAGCGCUGUCUGAAAUUGGCACUUUGGCGCAUGUUUUUAAGGAUGCGCCUCAGAUAUUGCCACCCCUCCCACCUCGGCGCAAGCGAGCUCAUGUAAGACAGGUAAAUUACCAAUCCUGGCGCAAGGGCUGGAAAAUAGUAGAGCGCCGGCUUUAACCGGUCGAAAUUGCCAACGAGCGUGCGUUUGACAAUUGCGCUGUCUUAACACCAGCUGAAAAUAGAUCCCUAACAGUCAACCUUUAUGAAGCGUGCUAUCAGAUUUACCUUCUCUGUCUCCCUGUAGACACCCAACCGAAGAAGAUCCGGAAACCCCCUGGCCUGCCUUCCUCGGUGAGUGUUCAUUCUGCUCCCCUUCAGACAGCCAGACAGUCUCCCCACACUAACACUCACCACUCUGCUCUAGACAGACAGACAGACAGACAGACACAGAGACAGACAGACAGACAGACAGACAGACAGACAGACAGACAGACAGACAGACAGACAGACAGACAGACAGACAGACAGACAGACAGACAGACACAGAGACAGACAGACAGACAGACACAGAGAGAGACAGACAGACAGACAGACAGACAGACAGACAGACACAGAGAGAGACAGACAGACACAGAGAGAGACAGACAGACACAGAGAGAGACAGACAGACAGACAGACAGACACAGAGAGAGACAGACAGACAGACACAGAGAGAGACAGACAGACAGACACAGAGAGAGACAGACAGACAGACACAGAGAGAGACAGACAGACAGACAGACACAGAGAGAGACAGACAGACAGACACAGAGAGAGACAGACAGACAGACACAGAGAGAGACAGACAGAGAGAGAGACAGACAGACACAGAGAGAGACAGACAGACAGACACAGAGAGAGAGACACAGAGAGAGAGAGAGCCAAAGGGCCUCUGCUCACUCAGACAAACAACUGGCAGCCCAGGCUAGUGAGAGAGCUUCCAAACAAACAUUUAGUCUCUACAACACUUGGCUCAGACUACUGAGAAAGUACCACAUAAAUAACUCUAGUCUACAACGUUGUACUCUACUGACAAAUGCUACAGAUGCUGAGCAAGCCUCCAAAUAACCAGCAGUAGUAAAUAACACUGUAGAGUUGUUUUUGUUGAACUAAUGCUUGAGAUUGCAUGCCGUGUGGUAUUUGGUUACCAUGCCCUGUAAGAUGGUCCAGAUAUUUCUGGUGUGUUCGGGGUGCCUGCUGCCUUAUUAGCUAUUAGUGGAAGACUAGAAGGCCCCCUGCCAGGGAUCAUUAAAAUGAAAUAUUGCCAUUACACAAACAUUUUCUGUAACCCAAACCAUGGGCACCUGCGCUCUCAUAUGACACCGCAGCGAAGACGGUCAUAGUGAAACCUCUGUGGCCAGUGUUCAUGACUGCACCACAUAGGCAAUGUUAAACACCGUCUGGGUUUGAGGCCCUUAUCUCAGCCGCUCCCACAGUUUGAGCGAUAGCCAUGUGGUUUUAGCGUAAAUUAAUGUAAAACCCCCAGCUGCCCCCCUCCUCUCCCCGUCCACCCGUCCGCCUAUGCUUCGCCACAUGAUGGUCUGGGUGGCCUCCCCCAUGAGUGACCCAGUUGUGAGGCGUGCUGCUCGCGAGGUCUCUUAGCCCGUGUCUGAGCCCAGAUUAAUGACUGCUGAUGAUCCUGUGUCCCUCGCCCUGCCCCCUCUCCUCUCCCUGCUCCCCCUCUCCCUUUGCACCCUCAGCUCUAUGUGGUAACCUAGUCCUAGCUCUCCAACCCACCCACUCGUCCAACCCAACCGCAAGACCCCUCUACUAAUCCUCUACUACCUGUACAUCAGGGCCUGGCCCUAACCCUAGUUUGGAACUCGGUAGUGAGUGUUGCGACUGAGGACAGACGAUUUUUACGUGCUUCAGCACUCAGCGGUUCUGUGAGCUUGUGUGGCCUACCACUUUGCGGCUGAGCCGUUGUUGCUCCUAGACGUUUCCACUUCACAAUAACAGCACUUACAGUUGACCGGGGCAGCUCUAGCAGGGCAGAAAUUUGACGAACUGACUUCUUGGAAAGGUGGCAUCCUAUGACGGUGCCAUGUUGAAAUUCACUGAGCUCUUCAGUAAGGCCAUUCUACUGCCAAUGUUUGUCUGUGGAGAUUACAUGGAUGUGUGCUCGAUUUUAUACACCUGUCAGCAACGGGUGUGGCUGAAAUAGCCAAAUCCACUAAUUUGAAGGGUUGUCCACAUACUUUUUUUAAAACUACAUACAUACAUACAUACAUACAUACAUACAUACAUACAUACAGUGCAUUCGGAAAGUAUUCCGACCCCUUGACUUUUUCCACAUUUUGUUACGUUACAGUCUUAUUCUAAAAUGGAUUAAAUUGGUAUUUUUCCUCAUCAAUCUACACACAAUACCCCAUAAUGUUAAACCAAAAAACUGUUUUUUUUUGUGUGUGCUCAUUUAUAUUUUUUAAAACCCCAUGAAAUAUCACAUUUGCAUAAGUAUUCAGACCCUUUACUCAGUACUUUGUUGAAGCACCUUUGGCAGCGAUUACAGCCUUGAGUCGUCUUGCGUAUGACGCUACAAGCUUGGCACACCUGUAUAUGGGGAGUUUCUCUCAUUCUUCUCUGCAGAUCCUCUCAAGCUCUGUCAGGUUGGAUGGGUAUGGUCGCUGCGCAGCUAUUAUCAGGUCUCUCCAGAGAUGUUCGAUCGGGUUCAAGUACGGGCUCUGGCUGGGCCACUCAAGGACAUUGAUACUUGUCCCAAAGGCACUCCUGCGUUGUUUACAUUUGACAUUUUAGUAAUUUAGCAGACGCUCUUAUCCAGAGCGACUUACAGUUAGUGAGUGCAUACAUUUUUUUUUUUCAUACUAGCCUCCCGUGGGAAUCGAACCCACAACCCUGGCGUUGCAAGCGUCAUGCUCUACCAACUGAGCUACACGGGUUGUCUUGGCUGUGUGCUUAGGGUCGUUGUCUUGUUGGAAAGUGAGCCUUCACCUCAGUCUGAGGUCCUGAGCGCUCUGAAGCAGGUUUUCAUCAAGGAUCUCUCAGUACUUUGCUCCGUUCAUCUUUCCCUAGAUCCUGACUGGUCUCCCAGUCCCUGACGCUGAAAAACAUCCCCACAGCAUGAUGCUGCCACCACCAUGUUUCACCGUAGGGAUGGUGCCCUUUUUCCUCCAAACAUAACGAUGGUCAUUAUGGCCAAACAGUUCUAUUUUUGUUUCAUCAGACCAGAGGACAUUUCUCCAAAAAGUAUGAUCUUUGUCCCCAUGUGCAGUUGCAAACCAUAGUCUGGCUUUUUUAUGACGGUUUUGGAGCAGUGGCUUCUUCCUUGCUGAGCAGCCUUUCAGGUUAGGUCGAUAUAGGACUUGUUUUACUGUGGAUAUAGAUACUUUUGUACCCGUUUCCUCCAGUAUCUUCACAAGUUCCUUUGCUGUUGUUCUGGGAUUGAUUUGCACUUUUCGCACCAAAGUACGUUCAUCUCUAGGAGACAGAACGCGUCUCCUUCCUGAGCGGUAUGGCGGCUGCGUGGUCCCAUGGUGUUUAUACUUGUGUACUAUUGUUUGUACAGAUGAACGUGGUACCUUCAGGCGUUUGGAAAUUGCUCCCAAGGAUCAACCAGACUUGUGGAGGUCUACAAUUUAUUUUUCUGAGGUCUUGGCUGAUUUCUUUUGAUUUUCCCAUGAUGUCGAGUAAAGAGGCCCUGAGUUUGAAACAGGUACACCUCCAAUUGACUCAAAUGAUGUCAAUUAGCCUAUCAGAAGCUUCUAAAGCCAUGUCAUCAUUUUCUGGAAUUUUCCAAGCUGUUUAAAGGCACAGUCAACUUAGUGUAUGUAAACUUCUGACACACUGGAAUUGUGAUACAGUGAAUUAUAAGUGAAAUAAUCUGUCUGUAAACAAUUGUUGGGAAAUUACUUGUGUCAUGCACAAAGUAGAUGUCCUAACCGACUUGCCAAAAGUAUAGUUUGUUAACAAGAAAUUUGUGGAGUGGUUGAAAAACUACUUUUAAUGACUCCAACCUAAGUGUAUGUAAACUUCUGACUUCAACUGUAUAUUAUAUAUACAGUGAGGGGAAAAAGGUAUUUGAUCCCCUGCUGAUUUUGUACGUUUGCCCACUGACAAAGACAUGAUCAGUCUAUAAUUUUAAUGGUAGGUUUAUUUGAACAGUGAGAGACAGAAUAACAACAACAAAAUCCAGAAAACGGCAUGUCAAAAAUGUUAUUAAUUGAUUUGCAUUUUAAUGAGGGAAAUACGUAUUUGACCCCUCUGCAAAACAUGACUUAGUACUUGGUGGCAAAACCCUUGUUGGCAAUCACAGAGGUCAGAUGUUUCUUGUAGUUGGCCACCAGGUUUGCACACAUCUCAGGAGGGAUUUUGUUCCACUCCUCUUUGCAGAUCUUCUCCAAGUCAUUAAGGUUUCGAGGCUGAUGUUUGGCAACUCGAACCUUCAGCUCCCUCCACAGAUUUUCUAUGGGAUUAAGAUCUGGAGACUGGCUAGGCCACUCCAGGACCUUAAUGUGCUUCUUCUUGAGCCACUCCUUUGUUGCCUUGGUCGUGUGUUUUGGGUCAUUGUCAUGCUGGAAUACCCAUCCACAACCCAUUUUCAAUGCCCUGGCUGAGGGAAGGAGGUUCUCACCCAAUAUUUGACGGUACAUGGCCCCGUCCAUCGUCCCUUUGAUGCGGUGAAGUUGUCCUGUCCCCUUAGCAGAAAAACACCCCCAAAGCAUAAUGUUUCCACCUCCAUGUUUGACGGUGGGGAUGGUGUUCUUGGGGUCAUAGGCACCAUUCCUCCUCCUCCAAACACGGCGAGUUGAGUUGAUGCCAAAUAGCUCAAUUUUGGUCUCACCUGACCACAACAUUUUCAGCCAGUUCUCCUCUGAAUCAUUCAGAUGUUCAUUGGCAAACUUCAGACGGCCCUGUAUAUGUGCUUUCUUGAGCAGGGGGACCUUGCGGGCGCUGCAGGAUUUCAGUCCUUCACGGUGUAGUGUGUUACCAAUUGUUUUCUUGGUGACUAUGGUCCCAGCUGCCUUGAGAUCAUUGACAAGAUCUUGCCGUGUAGUUCUGUGCAGCAUUCCUCACCGUUCUCAUGAUCAUUGCAACUCCACGAGGUGAGAUCUUGCAUGGAGCCCAAGGCCGAGGGAGAUUGACAGUUAUUUUGUGUUUCUUCCUAUGUCUUCUUUCUAUUUGACCCCCCUUUAAGAGUGUGCUCCUAAUCUCAGCUCGUUACCUGUAUAAAAGACACCUGGGAGCAAGAAAUCUUUCUGAUUGAGAGGGGGUCAAAUACUUAUUUCCCUAAUUAAAAUGCAAAUAAAUUUAUAACAUUUUUGACAUGCGUUUUUCUUGAUUUUGUUGUUGUUAUUGUGUCUCACUUUUCAAAUAAACCUACCAUUAAAAUUAUAGACUGAUAAUUUUUUUGUCAGUGGGCAAAUGUACAAAAUCAGCAGGGGAUCAAAUACUUUUUUCCCUCACUGUAUAUACACACAUUAUUUAUUUACAUACAUACAUAUACAUACAUACAUACAUACAUACAUACAUACAUACAUACAUACAUACAUACAUACAUAUAUACACAUACACACAACUUGUUUCAAAAAAUUCUGUGUAUGUGUGUAAUGUGUGUGUGUGUAUGUAUAUAUAUAUAUAUAUAGAUAUGUGUGUAUAUAUGUAUGUAUGUGUGUGUGUGUGUGUGUGUGUGUGUGUGUGUGUGUAUAUAUAUAUGUGUAUUCAGUGAGGGAAAAAAGUAUUUGAUCCCCUGCUGAUUUUGUACAUUUGCCCACUGACAAAGACAUGAUCAGUCUAUAAUUUUAAUGGUAGGUUUAUUUGAACAGUGAGAGACAGAAUAACAACAACAAAAAUCCAGAAAAACGCAUGUCAAAAAUGUUAUAAAUUGAUUCGCAUUUUAAUGAGGGAAAUAAGUAUUUGACCCCCUCUCAAUCAGAAAGAUUUCUGGCUCCCAGGUGUCUUUUAUACAGGUAACGAGCUGAGAUUAGGAGCACACUCUUAAAGGGAGUGCUCCUAAUCUCAGUUUGUUACCUGUAUAAAACACACCUGUCCACAGAAGCAAUCAAUCAGAUUCCAAACUCUCCACCAUGGCCAAGACCAAAGAGCUCUCCAAGGAUGUCAGGGACAAGAAUGUAGACCUACACAAGGCUGGAAUGGACUACAAGACCAUCGCCAAGCAGCUUGGUGAGAAGGUGACAACAGUUGGUGCGAUUAUUCGCAAAUGGAAGAAACACAAAAGAACUGUCAAUCUCCCUCGGCCUGGGGCUCCAUGCAAGAUCUCACCUCGUGGAGUUGCAAUGAUCAUGAGAACGGUGAGGAAUCAGCCCAGAACUACACGGGAGGAUCUUGUCAAUGAUCUCAAGGCAGCUGGGACCAUAGUCACCAAGAAAACAAUUGGCAACACACUAUGCCGUGAAGGACUGAAAUCCUGCAGCGCCCGCAAGGUCCCCCUGCUCAAGAAAGCACAUACAGUGAGGGAAAAAAGUAUUUGAUCCCCUGCUGAUUUUGUACGUUUGCCCACUGACAAAGAAAUGAUCAGUCUAUAAUUUUAAUGGUAGGUUUAUUUGAACAGUGAGAGACAGAAUAACAACAAAAAAAUCCAGAAAAACGCAUGUCAAAAAUGUUAUAAAUUGAUUUGCAUUUUAAUGAGAGAAAUAAGUAUUUGACCCCUCUGCUAAACAUGACUUAGUACUUGGUGGCAAAACCCUUGUUGGCAAUCACAGAGGUCAGACGUCUCUUGUAGUUGGCCACCAGGUUUGCACACAUCUCAGGAGGGAUUUUUGCCUUGGCCGUGUGUUUUGGGUCAUUGUCAUGCUGGAAUACCCAUCCACAACCCAUUUUCAAUGCCCUGGCUGAGGGAAGGAGGUUCUCACCCAAGAUUUGACGGUACAUGGCCCCGUCCAUCGUCCCUUUGAUGCGGUGAAGUUGUCCUGUCCCCUUAGCAGAAAAACACCCCCAAAGCAUAAUAUUUCCACCUCCAUGUUUGACGGUGGGGAUGGUGUUCUUGGGGUCAUAGGCAUCAUUCCUCCUCCUCCAAACACGGCGAGUUGAGUUGAUGCCAAAGAGCUCCAUUUUGGUCUCAUCUGACCACAACACUUUCACCCAGUUCUCCUCUGAAUCAUUCAGAUGUUCAUUGGCAACUUCAGACGGCCCUGUAUAUGUGCUUUCUUGAGCAGGGGGACCUUGCGGGCGCUGCAGGAUUUCAGUCCUUCACGGCGUAGUGUGUUACCAAUUGUUUUCUUGGUGACUAUGGUCCCAGCUGCCUUGAGAUCAUUGACAAGAUCCUCCCGUGUAGUUCUGGGCUGAUUCCUCACCGUUCUCAUGAUCAUUGCCAGUCCACGAGGUGAGAUCUUGCAUGGAGCCCCAGGCCGAGGGAUAUUGACAGUUAAUAAUAAUAAUAAUAACACAGUUAUUUUGUGUUUCUUCCAUUUGCGAAUAAUCGCACCAACUGUUGUCACCUUCUCACCAAGCUGCUUGGCGAUGGUCUUGUAGCCCAUUCCAGCCUUGUGUAGGUCUACAAUCUUGUCCCUGACAUCCUUGGAGAGCUCUUUGGUCUUGGCCAUGGUGGAGAGUUUGGAAUCUGAUUGAUUGAUUGCUUCUGUGGACAGGUGUCUUUUAUACAGGUAACAAGCUGAGAUUAGGAGCACUCCCUUUAAGAGUGUGCUCCUAAUCUCAGCUCAUUACCUGUAUAAAAGACACCUGGGAGCCAGAAAUCUUUCUGAUUGAGAGGGGUUCAAAUACUUAUUUCCCUCAUUAAAAUGCGAAUCAAUUUAUAACAUUUUUGACAUGCGUUUUUCUGGAUUUUUUUGUUGUUAUUCUGUCUCUCACUGUUCAAAUAAACCUGCCAUUAAAAUUAUAGACUGAUCAUUUCUUUGUCAGUGGGCAAACGUACAAAAUCAGCAGGGGAUCAAAUACUUUUUUCCCUCACUGUAUACAGGCCCGUCUGAAGUUUGCCAAUGAACAUCUGAAUGAUUCAGAGGAGAACUGGGUGAAAGUGUUGUGGUCAGAUGAGACCAAAAUUGAGCUCUUUGGCAUCAACUCAGCUCGCCGUGUUUGGAGGAGGAGGAAUGCUGCCUAUGACCCCGAGAACACCAUCCCCACCGUCAAACAUGGUGGUGGAAACAUCAUGCUUUGGGGGUGUUUUUCUGCUAAGGGGACAGGACAACUUCACCGCAUCAAAGGGACGAUGGACGGGGCCAUGUACUGUCAAAUCUUGGGUGAGAACCUCCUUCCCUCAGCCAGGGCAUUGAAAAUGGGUCGUGGAUGGGUAUUUCAGCAUGACAAUGACCCAAAACACACGGCCAAGGCAUCAAAGGAGUGGCUCAAGAAGCAGCACAUUAAGGUCCUGGAGUGGCCUAGCCAGUCUCCAGACCUUAAUCCCAUAGAAAAUCUGUGGAGGGAGCUGAAGGUUCGAGUUGCCAAACGUCAGCCUCGAAACCUUAAUGACUUGGAGAAGAUCUGCAAAGAGGAGUGGGACAAAAUCCCUCCUGAGAUGUGUGCAAACCUGGUGGCCAACUACAAGAAACGUCUGACCUCUGUGAUUGCCAACAAGGGUUUUGCCACCAAGUACUAAGUCAUGUUUUGCAGAGGGGUCAAAUACUUAUUUCCCUCAUUAAAAUGCAAAUCAAUUCAUAACAUUUUUUACAUGUGUUUUUCUGGAUUUUUUUGUUGUUAUUCUGUCUCUCACUGUUCAAAUAAACCUACCAUUAAAAUUAUAGACUGAUCAUGUCUUUGUCAGUGGGCAAACGUGAUCCCCUGCUGAUUUUGUACGUUUGCCCACUGACAAAGACAUGAUCAGUCUAUAAUUUUAAUGGUAGGUUUAUUUGACUAAACCAAAACGUACACUCUUUGCGGUCCCAAGGACCAAGUUUGGGAAACGCUAUACUGUGUGUGUGUGUGUGUGUAUAUUUAUGUAUUCUAUAGACCAGCGUUUCCCAAACUUGGUCCUUGGGACCGCAAAGAGUGUACGUUUUGGUUUAGUUGUUUAUUUGAAUCAGCUGUGUUAGUGCUAGGGCAAAAACCAAAACUUGCACCCCAUGGGGUCCUGAGGACAGAGUUUGGGAAACCCUGUUCUAGACCUACAGUGGUUAUAUUAUUAAUAAAGAGAAAAUAUCCUCUACAAGUUGAUAUGAAUCUGUUUUCUACUAGGCCCGUUCUAUUUUCAUAUUACAUCACAUGUUUUGCAAAUGCUCACACACAGUCAUAACCUGAAUUACAUUAAACCCCCAUUAGUGAGGAUUUUCCACAGAAAUCCUCAUUCUUUCUUCUUAAGAGCACAAUUAUCAUUGUUUCAUUCCCCCACACAUCUAUCUAGAGCAGAGGAUUCGCUCAACAUUGUUUCCCCUGAAAGACAAACCUAAAGCCUAUUGUUAUAUGAAGCCAUCUCCGGCCUGUUCUCUCAAAUUAACUGUGAUGGUAGUAAAGCCCCUAUUCCCACACACUGACUCCCCUGGCCAUAUCAUGCUUUGUUUAAGUCAUUUAGAUUACCUUAUUCUGUCCCCCACCCCAGCCUUAUCUCUUUGCCUAUUUCAUAAAUCAUCAGUGCCUUAAUUCCCCCCCCCUCUUUGCCCCGCCCCCUCCUCAUUGCAACCCCUCUCUCUCCCCAUGCAUCCCUCUCUCUCUUUCUCUCUCUCGCUGACUGGCUCCCAGCCCCCACCUCUCUCAGCCCUCUCCCUCUCCUUGCCUCUGCUCUCCUCAGCCCAGCUGCCUGUGGAGUUGGACCGGGUCCAGGAACAGGCAGAUGGCUCUGUAAUUAGAAGUGCAUCUCUCCAUUCCCUUUCCACUUCUCCCUGUUAAAUCAAAUUACAGAAAAAAAUCUGUUUUCUGGUUUAGCAUUCUUUGCAGCAUAGCCUCUCCCUCUCUCUUCUCUCUCUCGUCCCUCUUUCUCCUCGUACGUGCCAGAAAGCGUGAGUGAUGGGUUAUAGUGUCAGGAAGCGGGGAUCUUUGUGUCUGUAUGAAUUUUAGGGGAGUGAUUCAACGUUUCCGACACAUGCGGAAAAAAGGCUUGGAAUGGCUUGCCAUUUUCAAUGUACUAUUCAUUGUGGUUCGGAAUAACUUGAAUGGACCAUUGAAAGGCCAUUUAACAAAAUUGCUUUUAGAGUAUUCAAACCCAUGGUUGGGUCAUGGACCCAUAUCACCCCUAAUUAAAUAAAUACAAAUUCAAUACAUGCAUAUUAUCUAUGCCUCUUCAGUUCAAACCCACGGUCUUGGUACUAUAGAAAUCGGAGAAACUAUUAAAUGUGAGUCCCUUGCUUAUUUGAGGUCAUGGGCUGGACAGUGUGGGUGCAUGCUUGUUUGUGUGUAUCUCAGUGUGUGAGCUGCCGGUGAAAGGCUAGCUCGAGGGAGGAGCUACAGGCACUAACCCUGCUAUGUCACUGGGCUCCUGGGAGAGAGGAAGUGCUGGCUGUGCUGUGGGAUUGGAACCGUCGCUGUGCCCAGCAUGGCAUGGCCACUGUGCUGCUCUCGCACACAGCACAGGCAGGGGGGGCAUGCCAGCCUCACCCUCGCCACCUCCUGGCUGCUUAGUGCAACAACUGUUAGCUACAGGUUAACACCAUUGAGUAUUGGCAGUUGUGCAUUUGUUGUUAUCUUGGCAAUAGUGAUACCUGGCGAUUUUAGAUGUAAGGCGCAGACACCUUUAUUUUAGGGGAGGCUAAAUGUAGGUAUAUAUCAUGGCACAAGUGUGUGGUGUGUGUUGUUGAAAUUACGCCUAAUGUCAACUGUGUUUGACCCAUUAGGUGUACGCCUCUUCCUCCGGGGAUGAGUAUGCCCGUGACAACGGAGGAUAUCCUGGCACCAAACCUGGCUCUGUCUACCCAGGCUCUUUCUACAUGCAAGGUAAUUACGGUAACCACUUAAGCACGUUCAUAAACUGUCACUGGAGUGAUGACACUGUUUAACCUCUUUGUUAAGUUAAUGAUUUAAGGUAAAUGAAAAUGUGUUUUGAGUUCAAAUGCACUGGAGUUAGUCAUGUUUGAUUGAGUAAGUCCAUUGCCUAACACUGUUGUUGUUGACAGAGGGCCUCCACCCCUCCUCUGACCCCUGGGCCUCCUCAGGACCUUUGGGUCAGUCUGGCUACUCUGCCAUGCUGGGGAACUCUCCCCACAUCGGCCAGCCCGGCUCCUUCUCUGCCAUCAACCCACAGGACAGGAUGGUGAGGACAGCCCCACAAUAUGUAAUUUUUCAUAUAAUUUACAUUCAAUUAACUGUUGUAUUAAAUUCUGUGUUCUGUUUAAUGCUAUUUCUCCUCUAUGACGAAUCCAACUUCCAUGCAAGUUGCUCUAACCGAAGCUGUUCUGUCUUCCCUUCAGAAGCGUCAACCCCUGCCUCUGUCCCCACAGAACUACCCUCUCCACGGCAGCGAGGUGAAUGGCAGCCUCCCGCCCGGCUUCCACUCUGGCUCUGGGAGCUAUAACCACGGAGCAGACGGCAUCAUGGGUACAAUAAAGGCUCACAUGACAACCGCUCAUUUUGUUAACCAAUUACCUUGUCCUUCUCCUGUGAAAGAUGUUGUGUUGCCCCUCGGUUUAACAAUGUCUUUAAAGCGGUCUCACUAGCUUAUUGGAGACCUUUAUAUAGUAGUCGCUGCCUUGUAAUAAUGUGCGAGAUUAAUAAGCUGUCCUUUCUCCACAGCCAAUAGAGGCACCACUGCAGGGAGCUCAGGAGAUGAGAUUGGGAAGGCUCUUGCAUCAGUGAGUAAUCCUCUCAAAAAACAUCCUACAGACUUUUUGAUUUGAACUGCAUUGUUCUGUCAGUGUGCUGCUGUUCACUGUCUAAAGACACUGUCUUUAUCCUGUGUGGUUUAGAUCUACCCCUCGGACCACAACAGUAACAACUUCUCCUCCACAUCCUCCACCCCAGUAGGCUCGCCCCAGGGAAUUGCAGGUGUGCAUACUGGAUUAUAUCUGCUGCAUCUGGUAUCUUGUAUUAGUAAAGGGCUUGACUGGAUCUCUGGAGCCCUGAAAAUGGUUCUGGAGCGCCAUCUACUGUUGGAAAUCAGAGCUGUCAUUUUUCAGGAUUUUCUGUGUAAAUAUGGCAUCUCAUCUAUUUUCUCUCUGCAGGAGCUGCAUCUCAAUGGCCAAGACCUUCAGGGCAGUCUGCCCUGUCACCCAACUACGAAGGGCAAUUGCAUGCCCUGGUAUGCCCUCUUCGCUACAAAUAAUUCUAAAAUCUAUUAUUUGAUGUGAUCGUAUUAUAAUCAACAUAGUGACUGAGAUUUGCCCUGUACAUCUGUGUCUCCUUGCAGCAGAACAAAAUGGAGGACCGUCUGGAGGAGGCCAUCCACGUGCUGCGUAGCCACGCUGUCCAGGGCCCGCCCGGCCUGGGGGGAGGAGCCCACUCUGACAUGCACAGCCUGCUGAGCGCUGUGUCCUCUGUACACAACGGUGGCCUGGGAGGUCUAUCUCAGGCCUUCUCCAACGCUGGCUUGGCCCUCAGCAACAGACACCCUACCAUGGUGAGCACGCCUUCUGACCUCUGGUUCCAAGACAAAAGCCCCCUGUUGUCUUACAUUACCGAGAUUAUGAUGAUGAUUUUAUUGAACAGAUUUAAUCAAGCUUUUGUCAUCGCGUUGUUGUUGUGUUUGACGUUUAUGUUUUGUUACCAUUCUCCAGGGAGGGAACCACCAGGAGGAGCCCACAGGCCUUCCUCCCAGCAAUACCCUGCUGCACGGUCACCACGCCUCCGGACCCCCUCAGUCCACUGGACAACCAGAGGGCUUCACCAGUGAGUCACACACUUCUCUCUCACACACUCUGAUUCGCUACUCAUCCCCCACAUGACCUGUGACCUUUACUCCUGUUCCCUGAUGUAAUGUAUCAAACAUGGCAAACCGAUAAGAUAAUGGACUACUUAAUUGUUCUCUAAAUCGGACAUACUGAAGGUGUGUUUCUGUGCUGUUCCACAGGUCUGCCCGGAAGCGUGGCCCGCUCCACACACUCGUCCAGCGGCUCGGACAUCAAGAGGGAGGACAAGGAGGACGACGAGAACUCCUCCAUCGCUGACAAGUCUGAGGACGAGAAGAAAGAAACCAAACGCAUUAGAGCAAGGUAGGUAAUCACCAACGGUCUCCAUCUCACCCCGACUAUUGACACUGGCAACUGGCAUAGAGAAUGUAUGCCUGUGUACAGUCGUGGUCAAAAGUUUUGAGAAUGACACAAAUACUGAUUUUCACAAAGUCUGCUGCCUCAGUUUUGAUGAUGGCAAUUUGCAUAUACUCCAGAAUGUCAUGAAGAGUGAUCAGAUUAAUUGCAAUGAAUUGCAAAGUCCCUCUUUGCCAUGAAAAUGAACUUAAUCCCCCAAAAACAUUUCCACUGCAUUUCAGCCCUGCCACAAAAGGACCAGCUGCCAUCAUGUCAGUGAUUCUCUCGUUAACACAGGUGAGAGUGUUGACGAGGACAAUGCUGAGAUCACUCUGUCAUGCUGAUUGAGUUAGAAUAACAGACUGGAAGCUUUAAAAGGAGGGUGGUGCUUGAAAUCAUUGUUCUUCCUCCGUUAACCAUGGUUACCUGCAAGGAAACAUGUGCCGUCAUCAUUGCUUUGCACAAAAAGGGCUUCACAGGCAAGGAUAUUGCUGCUAGUAAGAUUGCACCUACAUUAACCAUUUAUCGGAUCAUGGAGAACUUCAAGGAGAGAGGUUCAAUUGUUGUGAAGAAGGCGUCAGGGCGCCCAAGAAAGUCCAGCAAGCGCCAGGACCGUCUCCUAAAGUUGAUUCAGCUGCGGGAUCGGGGCACCACCAGUGCAAAGCUUGCUCAGGAAUGGCAGCAGGCAGGUGUGAGUGCAUCUGCACGCACAGUGAGGCAAAUACUUUUGGAAGAUGGCCUGGUGUCAAGAAGGGCAGCAAAGAAGCCACUUCUCUCCAGGAAAAACAUCAGGGACAGACUGAUAUUCUGAAAAGGGUACAGGGAUUGGACUUCUGAAGACUGGGGUAAAGUCAUUUUCUCUGAUGAAUCCCCUUUCCGAUUGUUUGGGGCAUCCGGAAAACACCUUGUCCGGAGAAGACAAGGUGAGCGCUACCAUCAGUCCUGUGUCAUGCGGCCAUUCAUGUUUGGGGUUGCUUCUCAGCCAAGGGAGUGGGCUCACUCACAAUUUUGCCUAAGGACACAGCCAUGAAUAAAGAAUAGUACCAACACAUCCUCCGAGAGCAACUUCUCCCAACCAUCCAAGAACAUAACUUUUCCAGCAUGAUGGAGCACCUUGCCAUAAGGCGAAAGUGAUAUCUAAGUGGCUCGGGGAACAAAACAUUGAAAUGUUGGGUCCAUGGCCAGGAAACUCCCCAGACCUUAAUCCCAUUGAGAACUUGUGGUCAAUCCUCAAGAGGCGGGUGGACAAACAAAAACCCACAAAUUCUGACAGACUCCAAGCAUUGAUUAUGCAAGAAUGGGCUGCCAUCAGUCAGGAUGUGGCCCAGAAGUUAAUUGACAGCAUGCCAGGGCGGAUUGCAGGUCUUGAAAAAGAAGGGUCAACGCUGCAAAUAUUGACUCUUUGCAUAAACUUGAUGUAAUUGUCAAUAAAAGCCUUUGACACUUAUGGAAUGCUUGUAAUUAUACUUCAGUAUACCAUAGUAACAUCUGACAAAAAUAUCUCAUAACACUGAAGCAGCGAACUUUGUGAAGACCAAUACUUGUCAUUCUCAAAACUUUUGACCACAACUGUAUUACAUUUUCUUGAUGAACAUACUGUAGACUAUUUUAUCCCACAUAGGUGGAAAUGUUGUUAAAGUCUGUUAGCGAAAGAAAUACGAGGAGGAACGCAUGACAUUAGCCCCCAUCUAUAUGCACAAUUUCAACUGCUAGUUAGCUGUGUUAGUUGAGUUGGUCACUAAUUGAAUUUGUAGCUAGUUGUGUAAUGCCCUCCCCUCAUGUCCCAUUGUUUUCAGAAAGGAGGCGUUGACCCUCCAGAUCCUCUCUGGCCUCUCAGGCCUGUCAGACCCGGGAGAUGAGUAAGUCUCUCCAUCCAUAGGCCAUAGUGCUUUGUGUGCUGAAAGCACACAAUUGGGGAGCCAAUACUGUAUAUCAAAGUCCACCGUUCUGCAAAGCUGAGCACUUACAUUUUCAUUUGGUUUGAUGGUAAUAGACAUAGAAGUUGGAAACAAAGCGACAUUGAAGAGCAUAAUGGUAAAAGUUAACAUUUCCAACCCAUGUGGGAUAAGUCAUUAUUGUUUUGUCUUUUUACCAAAUAUUCUUAUAAUGGGUUUCACUGCAAUUGGUAACUUAUUUUCCUAGUCUUGAGUAAAUUAGAUGUUUCUAUUCGGAUCGAUUGUAUGACUAUUAACAAUGUAUCUGGAGCUUCCUUUUAAUACCUUUACUUUCAGAACUACAUAACUUCCUGGUGCUACCCAGGAUUCUUUUAGAAUGACAGCUAAAUGCUUAGGCGUCUAUGCUUCACAUGUUUUGCUGAGGUGCAGCUGGCACAUGCGGCCCAACUCUUUGAAAGUCUAGUUGCUUGGUUUGUGAGUGCCGUCCUCCCGUGGCUUCAUUCCUCUCCGUGUCUUCCGCCUUCUAGUCCAGAGGAUGAGGAUGACGAGGACCUUCCUCCUGAGGUAAAGGUAGAGCGUGAGAAAGAGCGACGAGUGGCCAACAACGCCCGUGAGCGGCUGCGAGUGCGAGACAUCAACGAGGCUUUCAAGGAGCUGGGCCGCAUGUGCCAGCUGCACCUCAGCAACGACAAACCUCAGACCAAACUGCUCAUCCUGCAUCAAGCCGUCAACGUCAUUCUCAACCUGGAGCAGCAAGUCCGAGGUAACGCAGGGCUACUGUGGCCAUAUCUCUUUGUAUUGUCACUUUUUACAUGUUGACCUCUGUAUUACUUUGUCCCCUGUGUAUAUUCCUUCCUCAGUGGACCAUCGAGAACCAAACCGAACAUUUCACCCAGCUAUUCUUCACACCAGAAAAAUCUGUUUUAUGUGUCUUUUUAAUAAAGGAUGACAUUUGUAUAGCACAGUGGAAGGUUGGAUAAAUAACUUGCAUGCAAUGUAAACUCAUAUUCCCUCCUAUCCCCUCGUCAGAACGCAACCUGAACCCUAAAGCAGCAUGUCUGAAGCGGCGGGAGGAGGAGAAAGUGUCUGGGGUGGCAGGGGAGUCCCCCAUGCGGCUCUCAGGAGGCCACCCCGGCAUGGGGGGAGAUGGCCAUAACCCAGUCAGCCAUAUGUAA